GUCGUGGAAAACAGGCAAGGAUCAUACUCAAAUUCAAUCGAAACACAGAAUAACGCUCAGUAGGUCAUGUGAGGACGAUACUUCGUGUAAAACAAUGCGUGCGUGGGGUAUUUAUGUCCGUGGGAAAACAAUCAGUGAGUCACGUGACUAAUUAGUAUUCCGGAGAGGGUUCGCGUUCGUGUUGGGAUGUUACAGUCACUGACACAAGAUGGUAUACCAGAUGUGUUACAUUUUGGUUGUACUUUCCUAUCUCCUUUCCAGUUCCAAUAUUUUUACAGAACCUUUUUUUUUCUUGCAUUAUUUCCUGUUACAGCACAUUAAUAAGAAAAUGAAUUCUUUAGCGGCUCCUUGUGGUCCACCUCCACUUUCUACUGCCCAUCACACUUCUGCUACUGUCUGUCUGCUCAUCAAAUGUCACCAAGCUUCAAGCACGAGCGGGUUAAUAUUUAAUAGUGCCAUACUAAAUAAAUAUAAUUAGUGUAUUCGCAAUAUAAAAUCCUGAUGUAGGCUACAACAGGUAUAACAUAACGAAGUCAUUGAUGCCUUUGCCUCAUUGAGGACCAGGAGAGACUACAUUUCAGACUCAGGUGUAAUGAAGAAGGUUAUCAGGGUAGGGUGGGGGUCAUGUCUGAUUCUAUUUCCGCUGAUAUAUGUGAAGAAAAGAAAUCUACUGUGCUGUAAUGUAUAUGGAGCAGUAAUAAUAAAUGCGUAAUAAUAAAUGGGGCAGUAAUAAUAAAUCUUCUUUUUGAGGCUGCACACACAAAACCGGCUUUCUCAUCCACACUUGUGAUGAUGCCUUUGCUUAAACAACUAUAUUUUUGUAGUGUUUUACAAAUUUUUAGUACAAAGGAUAUUUGUACUAGUAAACUAAUCGUCUAUUGCAUCCGCAUAGUUGGAUGGAUUAGUCUCCGAUGUCUUGUUGUCUCUGUUAUGUUUGUUUUGUUUCUCUUUUUCUUUUUUUAGUGGGGGGCGUGUACAGACAGGUAACGAAGGUCAGUGUAAAACUGAACGUAUUAACGGUUUAGUAAACCUACAUUUCACUGGAAGAGAGUCGUUACAAGUUACAAGAGGAUCCCAAUCAACCCUAUAUGGCGAUGAAACUGUUAAGAGACUUUGGCUUUUAUAGCAGGCGAUUUAAAGCGCACUGGAUUCACCAGAGAGGGGAAAUUACCCAGUCUCGUAGAUUGGCUCAUGUCGAAAGCCCUGCUGCUUUGAACAUCAGUUAUGUCCAUGGUCCUUCUUCUGUCCCUCUCCUCUCCCUAACUGUUGGUCAAAGCUUACAGACUACAGUGAAUAAAUGGCCUGACCGAGAGGCUGUGGUCUUUCUUCAAGACGGAGUUCGAAAAUCAUUCUCUCAGUUUCAGUAUGAAGUGGAUCAUCUGGCUGCUGGUCUUCUUGCACUCGGUUUGCAGAAAGGUGACAGGCUUGGAAUCUGGGGACCAAAUACUUAUGAAUGGAUCUUGUUCCAGUUUGCCACGGCAAAGGCUGGAAUCAUCAUGGUGUCUUUGAAUCCAGCUUAUAAAGUCAGUGAGUUGGCCUUUGCUCUGAGAAAGGUGCAGUGUAAUGCAGUGGUGUGUCCUACUCAGUUCAAGAGCCAGAGGUUUUAUGAUAUGCUGAGAGAGAUCUGUCCAGAACUCAACACUGCAGUGUCUGGUAGUAUUAGAAGCACCAGGUUGCCUGAUCUGCAUAAAGUAAUCGUGACAGACAGCAAGCAGUCUGGUAUGUUGCAUGUGGAUGAUGUGAUGCAAGCAGCAGAGAGUCAGCACCACAGGCAUCUGAACAACUUACAGAGAAUCCUAAGCCCUGAAGACCCCAUUAACAUUCAGUUUACAUCGGGUACAACAGGAAACCCGAAAGGUGUCACCCUGUCCCACAACAACAUUGUGAACAAUGCUUAUUUCAUCGGACUGCGCAUGGGCUACAACUGGAGAACACAGGUACGAGUUUGUGUUCCUGUGCCCAUGUACCACUGCUUUGGGUCUGUUUUGGCUGGAAUGUGCAUGGCAGUACAUGGCAUUACAUUGGUCUUUCCUUCAGCUGCGUAUAAUACACAGGCAAACUUGGAGGCCAUUCAAAAAGAGAAGUGCACAGUUAUCUAUGGUACCCCAACAAUGUACAUUGACUUGCUGAGUCAGGGAAACACUGAGAACUAUCAUUUGUCCUCACUUGAAACAGGUAUCAUUGGUGGAUCCUCAUGUCCCCCUGAAGUCAUUCGGAGAGUGAUAAAUGACAUGAAGGUCAAACAGAUAACGGUAGGUUAUGGAACUACAGAAAACAGUCCGAUCACAUUUCUGGGGUUUCCUGUGGACAAGCUGGAGCUUAAGACUGAUAGUGCUGGGUACAUCAUGGACCACACUGAGGCUAAGGUAGUGGAGUCAUCGUCCGGGCAACUGCUUCCUCUGGGCCAACCUGGAGAGCUGCUCAUUCGAGGUUACUGUGUUAUGCAGGGCUACUGGGACGAGCCUCACAGAACACUGGAGAGCAUCUCAGAGGACGGCUGGUACAAGACAGGUGAUAUCGCCAGCCUCAAUCCAAACGGCUAUUGCCGUAUUGAGGGACGCAUAAAGGAUAUGAUUAACCGUGGUGGGGAGAAGAUCUUCCCUGCUGAGGUUGAACAGUUUCUUCACACGCAUCCAAAAGUGAAAGAUGUUCAGGUGGUCGGUGUGAAAGAUGAUAGGCUGGGAGAGCAGGUUUGUGCCUGCAUUAAGGUAGCAGAAGGACAGCAUUGCACUGUGGAGGAGAUCAAGGCUUACUGCAAAGACCAGAUCUCCUACUUCAAAAUCCCGCAUUACGUGAGGUUUGUUGAGAAAUAUCCACUGACCGCUUCAGGGAAAAUCCAAAAGAAUAAACUGCGUGCAGAAAUGGAGAACGUACUCGGACUGUGAAGCUGCCUCAGCACUGUGUACAAAGACCAUGGAUCCAUGUAUAAUAGCUGCACAUUUUAGCUUGCUAGAGAUCAGAUAUUUUUAAUGAAUC